AUGAAACUCACCGAACAACAGAUCGAUUUUUUCAACACCUUUGGCUAUCUAGCAUUUCCCAACCUCUUCUCGUCCGACGAGGUCGCUUGGAUCAUCGAAGAAUUUGACUUCUCCAUCCAAAACUUCGGCGAAGGUAAAGCACACGAUGGCUCAAAGCGAACCAUGUUCGGCGGGCCCAUCGAGCAUCGUCCAAGGCUUUGCUCACUGCUAGAUGAUCCGCGUGUUCUAGGUGUUGCAGGUGGGGUUUUGGGUGAGGAUUUCAACUACGCCAGCGGUGACGGUAAUUAUUAUACCGGCGAUACGGGUUGGCACCCAGAUGGUAAUUGGGGACAACUUUUUUCCUGCAAGAUCGCAUUCUAUCUCGAUUCACUGACAGCCGACACCGGCUGUCUGCGAGUGAUCCCCGGCAGCCAGCGUCCAGAACAUUUUGUGAGAGCGGAAAAGAUAAAUCCGAACCAAUCCGAAGAACUUUUCGGCGUUCCACCACAGGAAUUUCCCGGCAGCGUUGCGUUGGAAACGAAUCCGGGAGAUCUGGUUAUCUUUAAUCACGACACCUAUCACGCUUCCUUCGGUGGUGGUGCACAGCGUCGGAUGUUCACAAUGAACCUGACCCGCCACUGCACAACCGAGCCAGACCUAGAGACCUUGCGCAAGUACUUGAGCAUUCAUUCACCCGGUGGCUACAACGUCGACACCGGGGCAAGCAUGUACUAUCCGACCAUACUCGAUACCGCCGAUGAGAAACGGCUGGUUCAUCUUUGGCAAUGUGUUGAGAUCCACGAUGAACUGUUUCCGCAACACGCUCGGAAGGCCUAUUCAAAUCUUCGCCCAGAUUUCUUGAGGAAUUAA